CGGCUCUGUGCUUCCGCGUUGGGCAGUCAUGUGAGUGGGUAGGAAGCACAGAGGGGCCCGGGAGUGAGUGAGUGAGUGGGUCGGGAUGGGGUCGGACACGGAGGUGGCGCUGCUGUGCGGGCGGCUGGAUGCGCUAACACUGCGCCUGAUGGAGGAGCUGGAGAGUCUGCGGGACAAGCGGGAAGCGCUCAACCAACACAUUGAGCAGGGCUGGCUGUGCCUCUCCCAGGCCCGAUACUCUAUGGGGAACAAGCGUGUGGGCUCCCUGCACUACCGACCCGACAUGGCGCCCCUCACCCUGGUACAGAGCCGCGCUGCAGAGGAGGAGGGACACACCCAGUUCCAUAUAAAGCGCCAGGAGGCGGAGUCUCAGAAUGUGGAGGAAAUCGGCUCAUUGGAUCAGCCAGGGCUGAGGCACCGCAGGGGCCCCACUGACCCCCCAAAGCCUCCCAGGGGCCACACGGAGAGCCCGGGGCAGGACCCGCUGCGCUGGUUCGGGGUGUUGGUACCGCAGAGUCUGCGCCAGGCCCAGAGCACAUUCCGAGAGGGAAUCCUAUUGGCUGCUGAAGUGGCCUCAUUGCAGAGCAGCGUCGAUACGACCCAGAGAGAGUGGCGCCUCCUACUGGCUGAGAAACAGCAGCUGUUGGCUCAGAGAUACUCAGGGGCGGAGCCAGGCCUGGCACACUGAUUGGAUACUGGCAAAUAGCACGGGGAGGUGUGACCCAAUGGCCUGAGGCCCCAGAGCCCCUCCCCUCCGUGCUGCUCCUGAGUGCUCAUUGCGCUGCUAUUCAAUAAAGUCUCUUGUACUGAA